GAGAUCUCAGAUCUGACUGAACAAAUUGGUGAAUCUGCAAAAUCUAUCAAUGAGCUGGAAAAAGCCAAGAAGGUUGUAGAACAGGAAAAGAACGAUCUGCAAGCAGCCUUGGAGGAAGCGGAGGUACAGAGAGAUCCUUCAUUGGGUGAAAAAAAAACAUACAACUUGUUUUCAUUUUUAAAGUAUGAGUUAUUUUUGCCUUAACUAGGGAUCUCUGGAGCACGAAGAAGCAAAGAUCCUGCGUAUUCAGCUUGAACUGAACCAGGUGAAAUCGGAGGUAGACAGGAAAAUUGCAGAGAAAGAUGAAGAGAUUGAGCAGCUGAAGCGGAACAGUCAGAGAAUCAUUGAUACUAUGCAGAGUACGCUGGACUCUGAAAUCAGAAGCCGUAAUGAUGCUCUCAGACUAAAGAAAAAGAUGGAGGGAGAUCUGAAUGAACUGGAAAUCCAGCUGAGUCACGCCAACCGCCAAGCUGCGGAGGCGCAGAAACAGCUCCGAAAUGUCCAGGCACAGCUGAAGGUAUGGCAAACUCUAAAAGUCAUUCAAUAGAUUGUCACCGAGACCAGUGUGCUAAAGGUGUAAUACAAAUAGCAAUGUAAAAACAGUCAUAGAAAGGUAUAUAAAAUGACAAAGUAGUAAAAGAACAUAUCACAUCAUACAGAAUUGUGUAAUUGUUCAGCCUGCAGACAUAUUCCCAUUAUUUUCUCAGCUUACAAACUUUCUAUCGGUCUAUAAAUGAUUCGGUUUCUCCUGCUUGUUUUUUUAAGACAGGGCUUAAAAUGUCUAGCCCUACACUAGCCAAGCCUUAAAACCUUAAAAUGGCCACUACAAACCCGGCAGAGUCCAUGACACUCCAACCAGGCGAAAUUUCUACAUAAAUGGAAACUGUGAUACAUAAAAUGUCCUUGGGGCACAAAGCCCUGGGUGAAGGAAGCAUUGUAAGGUAUUAGUGGCACAAUGACAUCAUUAUGACAGGCCACUCUCUCUCACGAGUGCAAUAAAAUGAAUGUUUGAGAUAACUGUAAAACUAACUUGUUCUAUACAUUGGCAUACUAGGAUACCCAGCUCCACUUGGAUGAUGCUCUCAGAGGUCAGGAGGACAUGAAAGAGCAACUUGCUGUGGUGGAGCGCAGGAAUAACCUACAACAGGCCGAAAUUGAGGAGAUAAGAUCUGCCCUAGAACAGACUGAGAGAUCUAGAAAGAUUGCUGAGCAGGAACUUCUGGAUGCCAGUGAAAGAGUCCAGCUUCUUCACACCCAGGUAGGACCAUUCAAUAAAGAGAAGAGAUCUCAGUGCUGUAUCCUGUGUUACAAAGCAAGUAAUUCUAAAUUCUCUUUUCCACUUUAGAAUACAAGUCUCCUAAGCACAAAGAAGAAGCUGGAGAGUGACGCAUCCCAGCUUCAGAAUGAAGUCGAGGAAGCAGUUCAAGAAGCCAGGAAUGCAGAAGAGAAAGCCAAGAAAGCCAUCACUGAUGUAAGUGUUGUCCUGUUUUUGUACAGACGUUCCUCAAAGUGUUUAUUUUAACUAAGGAUUUUUUAUAUACUCUCAAAGGCUGCUUUAAUGGCUGAGGAACUGAAGAAAGAGCAGGACACAAGUGCACACUUAGAGAGAAUGAAGAAGAAUCUUGAACAGACAGUGAAGGACCUUCAGCUUCGUUUGGAUGAAGCUGAGCAGCUGGCCAUGAAAGGAGGCAAGAAGCAGCUCCAGAAACUGGAAGCAAGGGUACAUAGUAAAGGGUACUACUAAUUCAUUAAAAUUAGUUUAAAAGUGAGUACUUGCCAUGUUAACAUAAACAUGACAUUUACAGGUCCGUGAACUGGAGAAUGAAUUAGAUAAUGAACAGAAGCGUGGUGCAGAGGCAGUGAAGGGCGUGCGCAAAUACGAAAGGAGACUGAAGGAACUGACUUACCAGGUGAACUACAAUCCUUACAUAACUAAACACCCACCAAAUGCCCUCAACAUUUUAAUAGAGAAAUCUCACAUUUUAUUGUGUGGCAAAACCCAACAUUGCAUUUUGAAUUAAAAAAAGGACAUAGAAACCCACAAUCAAAUUAAGAUUGAGUGUGUGAUAAAUUACAGGUCACGUAACAUUGUUGUCCAUGUAGAAAUGAUAAAGCCGAACAAUACUUGCUUCACCGCUGCUAAUAUAUUGUCCUUCUCCCUUUUUUAGACUGAAGAAGACAGAAAGAAUGUCCUAAGACUGCAGGAUCUGGUGGACAAGCUCCAGCUGAAAGUUAAGGCCUACAAGAGACAGGCUGAGGAGUCGGUGAGUUCAAAAUAAGAGAGCCAAAAGAAAUGAAGCUUGUGAUUUAUAGACAUGGGUUUAUAAUAUAAUACAGUUCAUGGUCUGAGCUAUAGUGAUGAGUUCACAGAGCUGAAUUUUAUUUUUCUUUACCAUGAUACCUCUAGGAGGAACAGGCCAACACACACCUCACCCGCUUUAGAAAGGUUCAGCAUGAGCUGGAAGAGGCAGAGGAGAGAGCAGACAUUGCAGAAUCUCAAGUGAAUAAGCUGAGGGCAAAAAGUCGCGAUAUCAGCAGCAAGGUGGGAUAAUACAGAGAUAAAAACCAACGAAUACUGUGAUUCUAUCCUACUUAAGAAAAUGAACAUUUUAACGUAUGCGGAAACUAAAUCAUAUUUUCUUUUCUUCUUACAGAAAGGAGAAAGCGAGGAAUAA